ACGCAAUUCUAUGAGUUUUCUUUUAACAUUUAACAAGCCCGUGUCUUCACAGUUGCAAUUGCCGUUGUAACAUGAAGUUAGUUUACUUGAAAUCAAUAAUGGUUAUCAAUAUCGUGUUUUGGCUUCUUCAAACUCGUGAAGUGGAGGGAAGAUCAAUGGACAAAAACAUACAAGAUCUUCAAUCUGGACUGAACAAUGUGAAAAUUAGGCUGAAUCUUCGGUCGAAUGACAUAAUUGAACUGCAAGAAUCUGUAGCUGAACUAAAUAAGUCAUUGCAUAAAAUUGAUCAAUGUCCGCUUGAUGGAAUUAGCCAGAACGACAUUGAAAGCGAUCUUGUUGUCGAUACGGAAGAGCAAACGAGGAGAGUAACAGACAAGAUAUUGCUCGAUGCAUUUAAAGAAGAGAAAUCGUGGGUACGCGAAUAAAUAAAAUACCAGAGGAGUAUAGAUGAUAAUAUUUCCAGGAGGAUCGGAGACGUACAACAACAGAUUACAAAUACAAUGGACGUUUUAACUGAUAGAGUUGAAGCCUUUGAAAGUCACAUUGAAACGAUGUUUACAAGUGAGACCAGAAAACUGAAUUCAUCGAUAUCACAUACACUAAAUGACUUAACAUCUGAAGUGAAAUUAUUAAAAACGCGUAUUUUACAGAUCGAAGAAACAGCCAUAGCUUUCAAAGAAACUGUUGUCGAUAUUCGCAAGCAGUCAGCAACGAAUUGUGCAAAAUUCAGUAACUUUGAAUCCAAGAUCAAUGAUGAAAUACAGGAAAUGAAAAUGGAACUAGCAGCCAGGGCAACAUGUCCAUCGAAAUGGAAAACUUUUAUGGGAUAUUGUUAUCUUCUGUACCAAGAUGCGGUCAACUUUGACUCGGCAGAAACAAUUUGUUCACAGAGUUCCGCUUUCGUCGCUGAUAUUCAGUCAGACGAUGAACUGAAUUAUUUAAAACUGUUGAGCGGUCGAAAUAUAUGGGUUGGAAUAACUGAUAGAAAUGCCGAAGGACAAUGGACAGGGGUCCGAAAUGGAAAGCGAGUGGAGUUUACGCAUUGGGAUUCGGGACAGCCUAACAAUUUUGCCGCAAAUGAUGAGGACUGUGCAGUUAUGUAUUCAAACGGAAAAUGGCACGACUACGAAUGUAGUCACACUUCUGCAUUUGUUUGCAAGAAAAUGGUAAUGUGAUUUCAAAGACAUAGACAGGAUGUUGCAAACAUGUUCUAACAUUAGUUUGGACGGCAAACUUUGUUUCAGUUUGAUAAAUAAAAAAAAGUUUUGUUCAGCGUGUUUCAA